AUGAAUCUUCCAUUUAAAUGGUCCCAAGUUCUUUCUGAACAAAACCAGUUACCACAAACUGUUAUUCUAGAAUUAUCUUGGCAUGAUACUAAAAUUGCACAAGGCAAAGCAUAUGUUGGAUGGUCUGGGUUUUCUUCAAAGGCUGAUCAUUCCGAUGCUAUCGAAAUAGACCCACAAUUUGGCGAGGCUAUUGGUUUACACCAUGAUCAAAAGGCCAAUUCUGUAAAAGUUGAACCGAUUAGUUCUGAUGAUUGGGAAAUUAUAGUAAC